CCAAAUUUCAACCCCAUACCUUUUCUCUUUCAAUUCUCUAAAGAAAAUUUAAAUGGCAGCCACCACCACAAGCCAUUGUAUUGCACAUUUGAUAGAACCAGACUUGACCAAAUCCAACAUCUUAGGUCCAACAAGACACACUGUCUAUACCCAUUGCCAAAGAUAUAACCAUGUUUGUUCAUUAUCAAUGAAUGGUUGCCAAGUACGUGACCCUCGAACUCCUGUCGGGUUGACCGAAACUCGAAGUUUUCCAGCAGUCUCGACGCCCAUGAUGGCAAUGGAGCGCUUAAAUUCCGCUGUUAGUGAGUUGGGGUCCGGUCCCCCAGAGUUUGGGUCCGGAAUCAUAAGGCUCGAGGUUCCAAUAGAAGAGGAGAUAGAAGCAAUAGACUGGUUACGUGGUCAACAACAGUAUAAUCAUCAUUUGCCUCAAUGUUUUUUCUCUGGAAGAAGAAGAAGAAGAAAGCAAAAAACAACAAUAUCUGAUUCGUAUGAAUAUAAUGGCAAUGGCAAUGGCAAUUUCAACAACGGAAAUUCUUCGUCAUUGGUGAGUGUUGCAGGGUUGGGUUCAGCUGUUUUCUUCCGCCAUUUCACCCCUUUUUCACUCCAUGAUUGGCGUUCUAUCAAGAGGUUCCUUUCUAAGAAGUGCCCAUUGAUCCGUGCUUAUGGGGCUAUUCGUUUUGAUGCAUUAGCGAAUACAUCAUCUGAAUGGGAAGCUUUUGGUUCGUUUUACUUCAUGAUCCCACAGGUCGAGUUUAAUGAAUUCGAGGAUAGUUCAAUGCUAGUUACUACAAUUGCCUGGGAUGAAUCUCUUUCAUGGACAUUUGAGAAGGCAGUACACACACUUCGGGCGACUAUGCGGCAGGUUUCCUCCAGUAUUGUUAAGUUACGGAAAGAGGUUCCUAAUACAUCCAUCCUCUGCAGCAAUAACGUUCCUAGUAAGAAACUUUGGGAUGUUGGAGUUAACAGAGCAUUGCAAAUGAUUAGCAAAAGUAAAUCACCUCUAACCAAGGUUGUGCUUGCACGUAGCAGCAUGAUAAGAACAUCUCCUGAUAUCGAUCCUUUGACAUGGUUGGCAACUUUACAGGUCGAGGGUGAAAAUGCUUACCAGUUCUGUCUUCAGCCUCCUGAUGCACCAUCAUUUAUUGGAAACACUCCAGAGCAACUUUUUCAUCGGAAAAAACUCGACAUUUACAGUGAGGCAAUGGCUGGAACCCGAGCUAGAGGUGACUCAAAGUCCCUGGAUUUGCAGAUAGCACUUGAUUUACUUUCAAGCUCCAAGGAUGACCAGGAGUUCUCUAUAGUGAGAGAGUGCAUAAGAAGAAAACUAGAGGGUGUAUGUAAAACAAUAUUAGUGGAGCCAGAAAAAACAAUACGAAAACUCACAAGAGUACAACAUCUUUAUGCUCGGAUAAGAGGCAGACUAAGAAGCGAAGAUGAUGAGUUUGAUGUCUUGUCUUCACUUCAUCCAACUCCAGCUGUGUGUGGUUUCCCUACUGAAGAGGCACGAGUUCUGAUAGCAGAAACUGAGAUGUUUGAUCGAGGAAUGUAUGCUGGUCCAGUUGGUUGGUUUGGAGGCGGGGAGAGUGAGUUUGCUGUUGGUAUUAGGUCAGCCUUGGUUCAGAAGGGACUUGGGGCAUUGAUCUAUGCUGGGACCGGGAUAGUGGAAGGAAGUAGUUCUUCACAAGAGUGGGAUGAACUGGAACUGAAGACAUCUCAGUUCACCAAGCUGAUGAAACUGGAGGUACUCUCUCUUGAUAUAAAGAAAGCUAUGUUAUCUGAAAAGUGAAAAGUAAAAACUGUAAAGAAGCAUAUGUAAGGAGCCGAAUGUCAAAGUUCAUCCCUUCCUAGGAACAUUAUUUUGGUGAAGCUUGUUGGAUAAAUAUACCAAGUUGAUUCGCUCACCAAAUUAAUUUGAGGUAGAUAGCCAUUGUUUUUGCUUUAAUUAAUUUCAAAAAGCCAAAUCUGUGUAAUCUUUGGCUGGUUGCAACUCUAUUGAUUGAUUAAUAUUUAGGUAUGAAAACCUGCGUCGUUCAUAACUAUUUGUAUAUUCAGCGAUAAUUAGGUGAUUAAAGCCUGUGUAUACUUCAA